AUGCACCGGACUGCUGCCAAGAGCUUAGAUGAUGAAAGGACCAUCAGCCUCUGCUGCUGCGACUCUAGGACAGCUGAGAGCAGAAACCUGCUAUCCCUGGGCCACAACAACAUCGUGUGCUGCAUUGUUCACUCGCCCACCAACCCUGGCUUCAUGGCAUGCAGUGACGACUUCCGAGCUCGGUUCUGCUGCAGUAGUGAGCAGUUUGUACCAUCAGAGCUUCUCCAGGUGCUAAAAAGAACACCACACGAAAGAAAAGAGGGGGAGGGGCUGCAGGAGCAAGGCCAAGCGUUCUGUGGCUCAGGAGCAUUGCACCAGUACUCCCGAUACAGCUACUACCAAUACCGUUGCAAAAGAUAUCAGCUGGAGAGCUCAGAGGAGCCUGCUCACAUCACCGACAUGAGAGGCACCAGCAUCAGAGAGGGGGCACCCAAGACCCUGUUGGCCAGGGCACUUUAUGACAACCAUCCCGAUUGCUCCGAUGAGCUGGCUUUUUCCAGAGGGGACAUCCUGACAAUCGUGGAGCAAAAUGUGCCAGAAAGUGAGGGCUGGUGGAAGUGUCUGCUCCACGGGAGACAAGGCCUGGCUCCUGCCAACCGCCUCCAAGUCCUCAAGGAGACCCCUGCAGACAGAUCCUGUCCCCUGCUCCUGGACACAGAUCUCACCAGCUCAGAGGCUCUGUAUCAGGUGCCCAGCUUGUUCUGCCCACCACCACCAGGCCCUGUGUAUGAGCCGAUGAAGAGCUGGGUGGAGGGGCCGCUGCCAGCUACUGCCCAAGUCUACGAAUUUCCUGACUCACCAUCCAGUGCAAGGAUCGUCUGUGAAAAGACUCUUAGCUUCCCCAAACAGACCCUCUUCGUGCUUCCCAGACCUGUGAGGGCCUCGCUGCCGACUCUGCCUUCCCAGGUGUAUGACGUUCCUGUCCAGAGCCAGGUCUCCUCGACCCUUAAGAAUCCAGAGAAACAGCCUUUCUACGACAUACCCACCAGCUCCAAGAAGGCAGCACUCCACUGCUCCACCAGCCAGGCAAGUGGGCAGAGCGCUGUGCUGAUGCCGACAACUGCCUUCAGACAAGGUGGUGGCUACAACACGUUAGCCAGCCCUCCAAAGUCAGAAUGGAUGACUGGCACUCCAGUGAUGCUAGGAAAGGCUGACAUCAGAAGUGUAUCUCUGAGCAGCAGAGAAGCAGGGUCCGGUGCCGUUCCAGGCUCCACCUCUGCCGCACACAAUGGAGCUGUGGCCCUCUCCCCACAGCUGGGGAGCACAGUGCAAAAGCAAAGCAGCCUUCCAGAAGAGCCUUCCUACGCUGUCCCGGCACCCAGGGACUCACUUCCUUCUGAUGCAGGAAGCAGCUACAGGGUCCCUUCCAGGUUUCUCAUUCCCAGAGUGGAGCAGCAGAACACCAAGCCCAACAUUUAUGACUCCCCUAAAGCCAUGCAGGGUGUGUCUCAGGCUGGGAAGGAGCUGGAGAAAAUCAAAGAGGUUCCAGAGAACACCCCUUGGAUCUCCAGACAGCUAAAUGCUCUGUCUCCUGACUCGGACCAAUUAUCUGUUGCCAGCUCCGACAGCAGAGCUAGCAUGGUGUCUUCAUGCUCCUCCAUAUCCACGGACUCCUCCCCUGGGUCCUCCUCUGAGGACUCGGCAAAGGAGCUGUGGAUGGACAUGGACUUUGCAAAAGAGACAGCGAUGGCCCUACAGCACAAAGUAGCCAGUUCUGCCGCAGGCCUGCUGCUCUUUGUAAGCAGGACUUGGAGGUUCAGAGACUCCUUGGAGACCAACAUCCACACAAUCCGAAGGGCGGCUGACCACAUCGAAGAAGCCUUAAGAGAGUUUCUGGAUUUCGCCCAAGGGGUUGGUAGGACUGCCGGCAGCCUCACAGACAGCCAGCUCCAGGCUAGGAUUAGAGAUCAGAUCCAAAUAAUCUCGGGUUCCUAUCAGACUCUGCUGGAUGCCAAGGGGAGCCUGGACCACUGCAAUUGGUCCCUUGAAGUUCUCGUGACUGAUAAAGUCCAAAACAGCCUAGAUGACCUGGAGAGGUUUGUCAUGGUGGCACGGAUGGUUCCAGAAGAUGUCAAGAGAUUUACCUCCAUUGUCAUUGCCAAUGGGAGACUCCUUUUUAAACAGAACUGUGAGAAAGGAGAGACAGAGCUGAAGUGUGAAAAAUGCAUGCAGCCUCCCCAAUGGGAAACUGAGUCAUACCAAAGGAGCAGCCCCUUCAAUAAACAACCGGCGAACCAACACUGCCUUGAGCUAGUAAAGAAAAACAGAGUGAAUGUCUGUGGACAGAGCCCCAGCUCUCUUACCACUCCGCCUCCCAAUCGGCAGGACACAGAGAGAAAGAUCCACCUGUCCGAGCACUGCAGGCUCUAUUUUGGAGCACUCUUCAAAGCCAUCGGUGUCUUUACCAGCAGCCUCAGCAACAGCCAGCCCCCCGAAGUCUUUAUCACUCAGAGCAAGCUCGUCAUCACAGUCGGGCAGAAGCUGGUGGACACGCUAUGCAAGGAGACCCAGGAGAAGGAUGAACGCAAUGAGAUCCUGCGUGGCAGCAGUCACCUGUGUGGACUGCUCAAGGACCUGGCACUGGCCACCAAGAAUGCAGUGAUCAAGUACCCAAGCCCCAGCGCCCUGAGCUGCCUCCAGACAGAGGUAGAAAAGCUAGAACAUCACACGCGGAAAUUCAGAGACACACUGGAAUGA